GAAUCACUACUAAUACAUAAUAAGAAGCACUGCUAUAACAUAUCCAUAGAUGCACGAUCCAUAAAAUCAUUGCUACUACCAUCAUAUCCAAAAAAUUCACUAUUAUAAAAUCACUACACUAGUAUUACAAAACCACUACUACGAAUAAUCUCACAAUGUAUACAUUUUUUUGUAAAAACAACUCCAUAAUCUCUUCUCUUCCACUCCAUGUGAUUUUAGGAGGCCACAUUUGCAAACUAAAACAAAACUAAAAACAAUCACUACCUCUUCCACUUUACAAAACAAUACUACUAUAAAAAAUUGCUACGGCGUUAAACCAACAAAUAAAAAAAGCAUGACCACAAAAUCUUAAUUUACCGUGAAAUACUACUACUGUAAACCAAAACUAGUCCUAGUGAAAUGGUUACCACAUCCACAAAUCAGAAAUGCACUAUGAUGCCAUUUUCACUCCAAACAAUAUGACUUAUUAUCGGGUUGUCGUCUUCAUAUCAUAUCUACAUUUGAUCCCAAAUUCCCAACCAUUUUUCAAUUUAAACGUAGAUCUCGUCUCCACAUCAUAUCUACAGAAAGUAUGUGCAAAACAAAUAAAAGAAAUCAUAGUAACAUGUGAAGAUCAAAGAGUCAGAAAACAAAAAGCUGAAGAAAAGCUCUCCUUAAAAUAUUAAAGAGGCUAGACUUCAUAGUUCAACUUGCAUGAGGUGUUUGUGGAAGAGAUCGAUCGACGGAUGGAGCUGGGAAAAAGGAGUUGUGUUAAAGAUUGGGGCACCCAGCGACUUUUUAACUGAGUGUCUUGACGGAGCAAAAAAAGAUUUCGGGAUAGUGUUGAUGAUAGCGGCGGAAGUACUGAGGACGACAAAUGCAUCGAUGGCAAGAGUGGCGAUUGGGUAGUUAAAUAGUUCAAAAGAACAAAGUACAGAGGAGAUCGGAGAAGAAAAGGAGGGAAAUAGAAUGAAAGAGGAAAGGAUGAGAGAGACUCUCCUUAUUUCACUCUUAUAUAUCUGUACACGUUACUUCUCUAGGGUUGAAUCUAGUGCAAUCUUACCCAAAAACACCUUGAUAACUAAAUUACCAUUCGAUUAUCAAAAUAAUAAAUAAAUGGAGAUGUGAGGGGUUAGUACUGUGCUAACCUAUUAUACAAUUAGCCUCCCAUCCCAUUCCUAUUCACAUACAUCAAUGCAGUUAACUUGCAAUUGCAUAUUUAAUUAAAUGUUAUGUUUAGAUCAUAUAAAAUAAACUAAAAGAGAAAAUAAAAUAAUUAAAAUAAAAUAAAAUAAAAAAUCUCCAUUUAUUUUUACUUGCAUAUGCAAUUUCAUUUGUUGCAAGUUUGCAAAUAUGCAAUUGGCAGCCACAUCAAUGCAAUUGGUUUUGCAAUUACAAACACCUAUGUCAUCUUGCAAUUGAGAAUGCAAUAUCAAUAUGGAUGCUCUUCUUAUACACCAAUAGAAUAAAAAAAAACAUUUGUUAUUUAUAUUAAGUUAAUAUGAAUAACAAAGAUUUUUGCAUCCCAUUGGUGCCAGAAUCAAUAAUAUCGUAACGAUAUUCUCUCGUUCUAAGAGUUUUUCAGAGAGAAAAGUCAGAGAUUAGGUUUUUCUCCGAAAACCCUAGCGCUUGUACUUGUCUUCCUUUGAUCUGAGCUUAUUGAUAGAGCCGAGAGAGAGUUUCCUGGGGAUUGCAUAGUUCUAUCCUAAGGGUCUCGCAUCACUGAAUUGCAUCAGGUGUUCAGGAAAGUGAGGGAGUGUUCUUUUCUAACCAUUCUUGUGCAAGUUCAACGUGACGUGUUCUAGAAGUAAGAUGGCUACAUCGACAGAAAACAAUCUUGUGGAACAUGAGAUUGAACGUCAACUUCAGGGAAUAAGACUCGAGGAAGAAGAUGAAGAACCAUUGGUUAUAGACGCGAAAGAUAAAACGAAAGGCAUAGACAUUACUAUCCAAAAACUAGGGUUAGUGGGAAGACUCUUGGCGUCACGAAGCCCUAACAUCAAGUAUAUGCAGGAAGCGUUAUCGAAGGCAUGGAAUCUGAAGAAAAAGUUUACCAUCAAACCUAUUGAGGAAAACUUAUUUCCUUUUCAAUUUAGUGAAAUAGACGAUCGGAAUAGGGUGCGGUUUGGAGGUCCCCUGGCAUUUUGAUGGAGAUCUCUCGAUUUUCAAAGAAGCAUAUAUGAACUAGAAGACUCGACUAGAAGACCUACACAAGAUGGAGGUGUGGAUACGAGUGUUGGACAUCCCACCAGCAUAUCGAAACCAGGAUAUGGCUGAGAAAGUUGUUGGCAGUUUUGGAUGAUUCUUGUUAUAUGGAGCACUUUCAUGUGCUUCCGUGUGGCGAAGGACAUUCACAAACCCAUAAGAAAAGGCAUCAAACUGAAUAUUGAAUGAAGUUUUAAUGAGUUUGAAACAACUUAUGAAAGACUUCCCACUUUCUGCUUCUUCUGUGGGGUCAUUGGGCAUCCAAAAAGGUUUUGCAGGGUGCAUGAUCCACUAAAGGAAGAUGCCUAUAGACACUGGAUUAAGGCAGGACCGUUCCCAAAGGGUCCAAGGCUGUCGGAACAAGAAAGUAAGAAGGAAUCUAAAUUGUGGUUGAUGCUUAGUAAGAAAUACGUCACAAUUGUUGCAACCUGCAGGAACCCAACAGAUCACAGUAGUAGUGGCGAAGGAAGUAACUCCUUUUAAGGAGUCUGUUGCAGGGCUGACAGAGUCAGAAAAGCUAGAACAUAUGGGGGAGAAAAAUGACCAUGUGGAUGAUUAUGAGAGGGAAGAAACCCCAUAAAAGCUAUGGAAUACAAGAGAAGCGAUUGAAAGUGGUGAGAUGCAUAAAUGAUAUAUGGGUUUGUCAGGAACUACCAAUCCUACAACAGGUUCAAAGACAGAACAAGAGAAGAAAGACACUAAUCCUGAGGAGACAGAUCUAAUGUCACAAGUUCCUUCACCAUCGAAAUCAGGAGGAGUAUGGAAACGACAGUUACACAGCAAAGAUCAUUCAUAGGAAUGCUCAAAAGGAUUGUUAGGAGGGCAUACGCGAGAUAUUGGUGACAAUCAACCAGUAGACAUGGACAUUGACACAAAGAAACAAAAAAUUCAAUACAUGGACGACAAUGAGGCGGGCUAUGCCAAGGAGCAGAGCCAGCAAACCCAAUGAGGGUCCUAAGCUACAACUGUCAUGGGUUGGGGAACCCCACAACAGUUAAGAGAGUAGUUGAGCUACUUAGAAAGAAGGACUCCAGCUUUGAUUUCUUGAUGAAAAAAAAAGGAACAUGAAUGGGAACAAGUGAUGAUUGAUUUGGGAUGGACGAGAGGAAAAUGAUUUGGUUCAAAAGUUAGAGCAGGAGGACUUCUUUUGAUGUGGAUGGAGAAUUUGAAGGUGACGGUGAAAGACCUGACUUGACACUUUAUUGAUGUUUUAGUUGAGGAGAUAGAUGCAGCUAAAACUGGAGAUUUACUAGAAUUUACGGAUGGUCCUACUAAGGAAAGAAAAGAAAGACAUGGGAACUGAUAAGAUACUUGCACAGGCAGGUAAACCUACCUUGGCUCCUAUGUGGAGACUUCAAUCAAGUUCUAGGUUAGGAAGAAAAGAAUGGCAUCAGACCACCUGACGUACAUCAUCUGGAGGAAUUUAGAGAAGCUUUGGAUGCAUGUAACUAUGAGUAUUUGGGGUACUUUGGCAAUAUUUUCACGUGGGAUAAUGGGAGAGAGGAUUGAGGCUUUUUGGAGGAGAGGUUGGACAGAGUUGUUGCAAACGUGAAGUGGAAAGAGUUAUUUAAAUAUUCCCAGGUUUACCACUUGGAAAGAUGGGUUUCAGAUCACCUCCGAAUAAGCAUUGAGUUGUAUCCAUGGGAGGAGAAACCACAACGGGGAGGCAAUUCAUAUUUGAGGCCGACUGGCAAAAGUAUGAAGACUGCUCCCAAAUAAUAGCUGAAGAAUGGCAAAAGUAUUAGGGCAAAAGUAUGGAAGUUGGGAACAAAGUUUGCGAGGUCAAACUCCUUAAAUAGAGCAAAGAAACUUUUGGAAACAUU